AUGGAAUCUUCUUUAACAGACAUACCUAAUGCAAUAUCUGGCAUGGGAAAGAUGGAAGAACUUGACUUAAACAAUAACAGAAUACGAGGAGUAAAUCAAAUCCAUUUUGCUAAAAUGGUACAGUUAAGGAAGCUCAACCUGGCCAACAAUAAAAUAUCUUCUCUUGAUCCGCUGUCAUUCCACUAUUGUGACCAGCUGGAAGAACUGGACCUUAGUAAUAACCUGAUACGGGAAGUCAGCCCAAUCCAUUUUGUGGCACAGGUACUGUUGAGAAAGAUCAAUCUGAGUUACAAUAGGAUCCACUCCCUGGGUCCACGGUUGUUUCAAAAUUGCAAAAACUUGAAGUAUGUUGACUUUUCGAACAACCUUAUCACCAUAAUGGAUCAAAAUGUAUUUAUCGGUCCGUCACAAUCCCUGAGGUAUGUCGACCUGCGCAAUAAUAAAUGUGACACAUUUCACAAGUGUAUAGUUGCAAAACUACAGCAUUUUGAAACAUUCUACUUCUCCACCGAAUUUUUUAAUUGCGAUUGCCGUCUAGCCUGGAUCCGACAGCUCUCUUACCAAUUCGGUUCCAGGAUAUCUGUCAGUGGGACUUGUUAUCAACCAAGAGAGCUAUACGGUCAGGGACUGUCUUCAUAUCCACUAGAUGGUUGCACACUUGAAGACGAAAGUUUUGAAAGUUGCAACAUUGUAACGACAACUCCACCGGAUACAAAGACAGAACCCACCAGUAAACCUUUGAAUCGUUCGUUCGUCAAUUCGGCCCAAAUAUCCAGUCUCCAAAAGGACCUCAGCAACGUUCAAACUAUCACAACUAUGUCCGCAUCUGUCGCCGUUGUUGCCGUCGUGGCAUUCGUUGCUACUCUUGUCGUAUUGCUGACAUGCUUCUUCAAGCAACGAAACCGAGUGCCCAUAAAGGGGAGGGUCCAGGGUCACGUCAAUCAAGGUGUCAAGAGUGAAAGGUUACCUGAAGGUCAAAGUUCUGGAGAUAGUCAGUAUCAGAAUACGGCUGGGACGGCCUGCAGUGCCCCCAGUGGCGCCUAUGAACCUCUCAGAAAGGAUGGGCGGGGUUUGAAACAACAUGGAGGUCAAUACGCCAUUAUUAAUAAGUAA